AUGUCCUUUCAACCUAUCAACACAGAUCAGAGGAAGUCUCGAUUCAACCGGCUCACGAUAUGGCCGUCAGUUUAUGGGGAGGACAUCGAACUCUCAGCACCAUGGCCUGGCCGAUAUAUGAUAGAACCACCCAAUAAGCGGUGGACGAACGCUUACGAUGCCGAGGCUCGGGCCUCGCGCAUGAGCUUCCUCGUCGGCGACGGAUUGUUACCAGGCCCACCACAGGACCGUCGCAUAUGGCCCGGGCAGAUCGGACAGAACCGCACAACGUGGAGAGGGGGGAACCGCACGACAUGGAUCGAUGAGGUGCACCAACAAGACGCACAGGUCUGGGACGGCCAGUUCGACGUGGAGAAGAGGGCUUCCUUCCUCACCCGCAGCCCGAACCGUUGGUCGGAUGGAUUCGAGAUUGGGGAGAAGGAGAAGGAGCGCUACAGGGAACCCCUUACGCAGGCGCAGAUCGCACAGGCUGAUUCGGCUCUUCCCUUUCUGGUCAGGUGGAUGGAGAAUGACCCGGCGAAUCCUUUGAUGUUUCCUGUCGCAAAGAAGUGGAUCAACGCAAUGAUCCUCGCCUUUGCCGUCUUUAUGGUCUCGGUCGCUGCAUCGGGUUUCUCUCAAGGCACUACUGAUAUCAAGUCCGAGUUCAACGUCGGGCAGACGGCCGCUCUGCUCAUCACAUCCGUCUACGUCCUUGGCUUCGCCGUCGGCGCUCUCGUUCUCUCUCCUCUCAGCGAAGUCUACGGCCGCCGCGACCUUUACGUCUGGACUUUCCUGGGCUUCGUCGUCUUCACCGGCGCCAUCAGCCUUGCCCAAUCUGUGACCGUAAUCCUUCUCUUCCGCUUCCUCGGCGGCCUUGCCGGCUCCUUCACCCAAGCCGUAGCGCCUGCCGUCAUCGCCGACAUCUUCACCGCCCAGGAGCGCGGCUUCGUCCUCAGCAUCUUCACCCUCGCCGGACUCAUGGGCCAAAUGAUGGGCCCCAUCACCUGCGGCUUCCUCGACGCCGCCUUUGGCUGGCGCUCCCUCCCCGUCCUCAUCAUCGGCGCCUCCUUCCCCAUCUGGGUUGCUCUCACCUUCACCUUCCCCGAGACGUACGCCCCCACUCUCCUGAAGCGCCGCGCGGAGAAGCUGACCGCCAUAACGGGCAAGCUGCACAUCGUCGACGGCAUGCAAGAGGCCAAGACCAUCGCGACGCAACUGCGCGUCGGCGCUCUCAGGCCCUGGGUCAUUCUCAUCUACGAGCCCAUCGUCACCCUCCUCAGCCUCUUCCUCUCCGUCGUCCAGGGAACCCUGUUCUUGCUAUUCGCCGCCUACCCCAUCGUCUUCCAGCAAGUCCGUGGCUGGCCUCAGGGCGUCGCCUCCUUGCCCUUCCUCGCUAUUGCGCUGGGGAUCGUGCUCUCCCUCGUCUAUGUUGCCGCCGUUGACCAGCAGCGCUACGCCAAGGUCGUCGAGAAGAACAACGGGUUUGCCCCCCCAGAGGCGAGGCUCCCGCCCGCUAUGCUCGGGUCCGUCGCUCUGCCCAUUGGGUUGUUUUGGUUCGCGUGGACCAACGACCCGAGUGUGUACUGGCUUGUGUCGGUCAGCGCGGGUGUGUUCUUUGGCUUUGGCAUGGUCUUGUUGUACAUGUCGCUUACCAACUACCUCGUCGAUGCAUACUUGGGCUAUGCUGCAUCCGCGCUGGCGGCCAGUACGGUGCUCAGGUCUAUUGCGGGCGCAGUGUUUCCUCUAUUUACUAAUUCCAUGUAUGAUUCGCUUGGUAUCCAUUGGGCUUCCAGCGUUCCGGGCUUCUUGUCUGUGCUCUUCAUUCCUUCCCUUAUUGCGUUUUACAAGUACGGACAUAUUAUCCGGAGUAAGACGAGAUUCGGACAGGAGGCUGCUAAGAUUGCGGCUGUGAUGGAAGGGAAAUAA